AGGUGAGGCAACAGUGUGCCUAAUAAGACUUGUAAUGAUAAUAAUAAAAGUGUAGGUGUAGGUGUGCGGCGUAUGUAGCGCGCAACGUCGCCGUCACAUCUCCGCGACUCGUCAUCGAUUGCGCGCGCGCGCGGGGAAUUAUUCGUUAAAGUUUCUCCGAAUUACUUCGAGGAGGUAGGCCGUGUAGCCGUCACCGCCGUGUAAAUCGCCUCCGUUCUCGCGGUCUGCAACAAAAGAGAACGAUACGCGGGGACUUGUGAUUUUCGAAUCGAACAAGAGAGGGUGAGCGAAGAGGGAGAGAGAAAGAAAGAAAGAGUGGGUGGGAAGGAGAGAGAGAGAGAGAGAGAGAGAUAGGUACGAGCGAGCGCGCGGGCGGGUCCUGCCGAAGCGUCGUCGCCUCUGUCACGCCUGCUACGAGGAUUAUUCUCUGAGCCAGACCUCGUGGUCCAGGAUCAGGCCGACAGUCAGACAGCCAGCCAGCCAGCCACUUAUCAGCCGCCAUCUUGCUGGCCGAAGAGAACGGUGACAGACGGAGCCUGCUUGUCGGAGCAGAGUGUGGUGAGAGAGGCGCGAGGAAGGAGGGGAAGGAAUAGGAGACAGAUAUAGGUAGACGACGGUCCCUUCAUGCGGUACGCGCCUAUGCCAUCCCGUCGCCUUAGUCGCCUAUGCCUCACUCCACGUACAAUCGUAGCUGAGGACAGUUGGAAGCAGCGGAGAACAGUUUAAGAAGAGGAGGUGGUGGUGGAGGAGGCGAAGAGGAGUAUCGGCCGUGCCGAUCGAGUGCUAGGUAUACUCGUAUACACACACAAAGGCGUGCGCGCGCGCCUCCUUCGUCAUCGCCGUCGUGACCGUCGCCUCCACUUGCAAUGGCAAUGGAGACACCAAGGGAGCGAGAGAUCGCUGCCGAGGACAGCAUCAAAGUAGUAUGCAGAUUUCGGCCACUGAACGACUCCGAGGAGAAGGCCGGCUCCAAGUUCAUCGUCAAGUUCCCAUCCGGCGGCGACGAGAACUGUAUCUCCAUUGGGGGCAAAGUAUACCUCUUUGACAAAGUAUUUAAACCGAAUGCUACACAAGACAAAGUCUACAAUGAAGCCGCAAAGUCUAUCGUCACAGAUGUUUUGGCCGGAUAUAACGGAACUAUUUUUGCGUAUGGUCAAACAUCAUCAGGUAAAACGCACACAAUGGAGGGAGUCAUCGGUGAUCCUAACAAACAGGGCAUUAUCCCGAGAAUCGUCAAUGACAUCUUUAAUCAUAUUUAUGGUAUGGAAGAAAACUUGGAAUUUCAUAUCAAAGUAUCUUACUUUGAGAUUUACAUGGAUAAAAUCAGGGAUCUUCUCGAUGUAUCUAAGGUUAACUUAAGCGUACAUGAAGACAAGAACCGGGUGCCGUUCGUGAAGGGUGCGACCGAACGGUUUGUUUCUAGUCCUGAGGAAGUGUUCGAGGUGAUAGAGGAGGGCAAGUCAAACCGGCACAUCGCCGUGACCAACAUGAACGAGCACAGCUCACGUUCUCAUUCCGUUUUUCUCAUAAAUGUUAAACAAGAAAAUUUGGAGAAUCAAAAGAAACUCUCCGGCAAAUUAUAUCUCGUUGAUUUAGCCGGUUCCGAAAAGGUUUCUAAAACCGGUGCAGAAGGAACAGUGUUAGAUGAAGCGAAGAACAUCAACAAAUCUCUGUCUGCACUUGGUAAUGUAAUCUCGGCCUUGGCUGACGGCAAUAAGACUCAUAUUCCUUAUCGUGACUCAAAGCUAACGAGAAUUCUACAAGAAUCCUUGGGUGGCAAUGCUAGGACUACAAUUAUCAUCUGUUGCUCUCCUGCUAGCUUUAACGAAUCCGAAACAAAGUCAACUUUAGAUUUCGGUAAACGCGCCAAGACUAUCAAGAAUGUCGUAUGCGUGAACGAGGAGCUGACGGCCGAAGAAUGGAAACGUCGCUACGAACGCGAGAAAGAGAAAGUGGCAAGAUGGAAGGGCAAGGUAGACAAAUUAGAAUCGGAAUUGUCACGUUGGCGGCAGGGUGAGACUGUUAAACCGGAAGAGCAGGUCAACUUGAUUGAAGGACCUGAUGUUACUACACCGAUUACUGCAUCUGUUGAAGGCAAGUUGGAUGAUAGUCCUAUGCCUGCUACUCCCGGUGGUGGUCUUAUGAUCGGUUCCCUUUCGAACGAGGAGAGACAGAAGCUCGAGGAGGAACGCGAGAGGCUCUACCAACAAUUGGAUGACAAGGAUGAGGAAAUCAAUCAACAAUCUCAGUAUGUUGAGAAGUUGAAGGAGCAGAUGGAGGAACAGGAGGAACUUAUCGCCAGCGCGAGACGAGAUUACGAGCAACUGCAGCAAGAGAUGAAUCGAAUACAACAGGAGAACGAAAGCGCUAAGGAGGAGGUGAAAGAGGUGCUGCAAGCGCUGGAAGAGCUUGCUGUCAAUUAUGACCAAAAAUCACAAGAGGUUGAGUUGAAGAACAAGGAGCAAGAAUCAAUGACAGAAGAGCUCCUAGCUAAACAAGUAACUCUAAACAACACUGCGUCUGAGCUGCAACAAUUACGUGAUAUGUCGGCCCAUCAAAGGAAACGCAUCGCGGAGAUGUUAGCAAACUUCCUGAAAGACCUAGGAGAAAUCGGCGUAGCUAUCGGUGGUGAAUCUAACGAAAAUCUAAAAAUUGCUCCACCGGAAAGUAACGGUAAACUGGAGGAGGAGUUCACAGUAGCGCGGUUGUUUAUCAGUAAGAUGAAGUCUGAAGUGAAAAAUUUGGUCCAGAGAUGUCAGGGACUGGAAAGUUUCCAAGUAGACUGUAAUAAGAAAGUUUCUGAGUAUGAAAAAGACUUGGCUGAAUGCCGAUUGUUGAUCUCACAACAUGAAGCUCGUAUGCAAACGCUAACGGAGUCCAUGAAAGAGGCCGAGACACGCAAACGAGCUCUGGAGGAAGACGUGGAUGCGUUGCGCGAGGAAUGCGCCAAAUUGAAGGCCGCUGAACAGGUGCAGGCGGUUACCAACAAGGAGAAAGCAGAGGAGAAAGAGGCAGCGACGAAGAUGCGAGUAGCCUUGGAGGAGCAGAUGGAUCAGCUGAGGGAUGCGCAUCAAAAACAGGUUGCGGCGCUCAGGGACGAACUGUCUGAGAAGCAGGAACUGAUCAGUGAGCUCAAAGACCUUAAUCAGAAAUUUACUCUGGCACACCAGCAAAUGCAGGCCGAUUAUGAACGAUUGAAACAAGAAGAGGCUAACAAAUCGGUCAAACUGCAGGAGCUUAUGUUAUUGAAUGAGCGCCGAGAACAAGCUAGGAAAGAUCUGAAGGGUUUAGAGGACACGGUAGCCAAAGAAUUGCAGACUUUGCACAAUUUACGCAAAUUGUUCGUCCAAGAUCUGCAGACUAGAAUAAAGAAGACCAUCAACGCGGAGGAUAAUGAGGAUGACGGUGGUUCCCUCGCGCAGAAACAGAAAAUAUCUUUCUUGGAAAACAAUCUGGACCAAUUGACGAAGGUUCACAAACAACUCGUCAGAGACAACGCAGAUCUUCGCUGCGAGCUGCCUAAACUGGAGAAACGAUUGCGAGCGACGAUGGAGCGCGUCAAGGCCCUGGAGACGGCGCUUCGCGACGCCAAGGAGGGUGCGAUGCGAGACCGCAAGCGCUACCAAUACGAGGUGGAUCGAAUCAAAGAAGCAGUUAGGCAAAAGAAUCUGGCGCGUCGUGGACCGAGCGCACAGAUCGCGAAGCCAAUUCGAGCCGGUCAACACCACCUGAGUAACGUCAACGCCAUUAGAACCGGCAAUCGUGAAAACGAAUGCAAGAACGCUUUCAUCGAUGAAAACAAAAGAAUUCCAGCGGCUCUUAUGUAUAACGGAUAUGCAUAAAUGUUAUAAUUAAUAUUGAAGUAAGGGCAUAGUACUAUAUUAUCCGCAAGGAGAGAGCACCGCCAGUUCUUUUAAUUGUUUCUUUCCUCUUUUUCUCAG